CAUCGGCUCGGCCUUAAAACCAGAAUCCCGUCGAUUUUAACUGGUGGCUCCACUCAGUUUGUCCCGUCUCGGAUCGGGUUAUGUAGUACAUUUCCGAUAACACUUCCUUGUCUCUUGUGUUCAUCGAUUUGUCACCUCUCGUCUCACGCUGCGCGCGACGCGGGGAGAGUGUGGGAGAUCGUUUAAAUGACGCAUGAUAUAAGACCAGAAGAGUAGUUUGGAUCACACUCAGUACUCAAUGGAGCUCGCCAUGACAGCCGUGUGGAUAUCAAGGAUUAUUAUACUCAGUAUUCUGACUUGGAAUACACUGGCCAAAGAAACAGAUGAACAGAAAUUGAGGAAGUUUUUGGAUCCAAUUUUCAACAAAGCAAAACGCACAAGUGACACACGUAGUUUGCCAUUCAAAAGAGUGACUCAGCUUUACUCGAGGAAUAGCGCGAGGCAUAUUCGCGUACUACCAAACAAAAAGAUAGAUGCCUUGGGCGAGGAUGGUGAUAAAUAUGCUAAACUUAUUAUCGAGUCGGACAGUUUUGGAAGAGUAAGAAUCCGAGGCUCCGCUACUAACUUCUAUUUAUGCAUUGACAAAAGACAGCGACUGCGAGCGAGGGUUCGUGGUCGCGGCAGACAAAACUGCAUAUUUCGAGAACACUUCGCGGAAAAUGCCUUCACGGAAUUCACAUCCGUCCAAAAAAGCAAUCUUUACGUUGCGUUUAACCGACGCGGUAAACAACGCGCCUGCAAUAAGACACGCAGCGGUAUGAAAGCAGUACAGUUCAUUGAAAGACCACUGAAACACCUUCGCUUGUACCGUGGGCGCAAGUUCAUGAAAAAUGGCAAAAUAAAUCUGGACUCAUCAGACUCGGAAUACGCUGUUUGCAUCACCGUAAAGACGUGGAGGGAAUGGAGACGGUUUAUCAAAUGGCGUAAACAAAAGAGAAGAAAGCAAGCAAGGAAAUUAAGAAAACUAAGAAAGAAGGCAUCCAAAAAGAACAGUCGAAAAACAGCAGCUAAAAAGGUACCAAAGAAAUCAUCCCGGAAAAAAACUCGCAAGAUGGCUUCAUCAACUCUUCUUCCGACUACACAAAUCACUAGUACAUUAAGUACGCAAAAAUAAACCUAUAAUUAAAAAAGCUUGUUGUUAGAAAGUUCGAAGAAGCAGUAAAAAAAAAAAUGCAAAUCAAAAGAACGCAAAAUUUGAAUGAAACAAAAUUAAUUUAUUUACAAAAUUUUCGAAUGGAAAAUGUCAUUAUCUUCGUUGAACUGAUUUGAACUUUCUCAAGGACAAUCUUUUUAAAACUACUCUAUGCGUUCGGUAUUUUUGUUAGCGUAACUCAUAAGGAUUUAUUUAUUUUUACUAUAUGUGUUUAUAAUAAUGUGGCAAAAUUGGGUUUGUAAAAUUGCCUUUUUGAAAUAGAAAAAGCGCUUUGUUAACUAUGGCUUAUUGAAAUGCAAAUAUGCAUAGUAUAAAAAAUAUCAAUUCACAAAUUAGAACACAUUUUGCCUACUCCUCUCUCCAAUGAAGUUUUCUAGGACAUUGUUUCACGAAAAUAGUUGUGAGCUUCAUUGGUGACGCAGGUCGCUGGCAUACAACAUUUGAAGGCAGUUCGAAUCACGCUCUAUAGAUGUAUAUAAUUUGAAUUUUUUUAUUUGUAACUAAAACAAAAUGAUUUUCUUUUCUUUGUUGUUUUUCCUUCGCUAUUUCGUCAUUUCAGUGCUUAAUUGUUAUAUAAUAAGAACAUUCUUCCCUAGAAUUCUGUGUGUAACUAUUUAACUGUUAACAUAUUUAACUACUAGAUGUCUGCAUGUAAUAGGCAAUGCAAUAGCCAGCGGACAGCGUAUAGUGCGCAUGCUUAAAAAGAGCUUUUCUUGGUGCUGCAUUUCGGUUAAAGGAAGGAAUCUUGAAUUCCGGAUGCCUAACAGCGCUGGACGUGGAAAAACUAUUAGUUUCAGAGAAAUUGGCUAAAACGACAUUGAGGAUGGUUAUUGUAUCUGUAAUUAGACAAUACUUCAUUCCUUAGACUUAUUUUACGACUAGUUUGCGACGCACCAAGAAUUAGCCUUCUAAAAGAGUCAAAAACAAUUGCGCAAAGUUGUUUUUGUACCACAUUUAUCAAUCCGGGGAGUAAAGAUAAGGUUCUGGGUUACUUAAAUAGACAUUGCUUGCGGGGAAAGCAGGUUGUAAAUAUUUUGUAUAUCAUGUAAAGCUCUAUUUUCAUCGCUCAAAUUAUUUCAAGCCCAUUGUAUCAGGGCUUAUCAAGCCAGAGUUAUCCAGGCUUCCUGUGCUCUUGACAACAGGAAUCCCAAUCUCAACUCUGGUAGAAGUUGCCUUUUUAAAGCUUUGAAUAUCUCGAUUUUAAUCUAAAAAUUGAUAGGAUUAAAAAAUCUAAGAAAAAAGUUGUCGCACACAAGACAGUGUUUGGGUUAAUACAUCACGUGGUCUGGUCACGUGGGAGAGCUAAAGAAAAGUAAAUUUGCACUGUUAGGUUGUACGGCAAACAAGCAGCGAAUUUCACAUGCAAUCUAACAUCAUUAAAACUACAAAUGUUCAUCUAAGAGUUGAUGACUUGUAAUUUGAAUUAUAUGAAGUGCUUGGUGUCACGUGAUCUGAUAGUGCAAAUUAACCCUUUAUAUAAUGUGCUACGAUUGUUCUCUUAUAUAAUAGUACUUUAUAGUUUAAGAUACAGCAUCACAGUGAUGAUUCAGUAGUUUGUUUUAUAAGAGAUACAUUGAAACACCGUAUCUUGUUAACAAACACAAUUACGCGCUUUUGAAUGUAAUAAUAGAUCUAGGAAUGGUUUGAGAGAUACAUUGGGACCAUCUCUUGUCAACAAACACGUUAUUAUGUGCUAUUGCAUGGGAUAGAAUAAAUUUUUUUAUUGAAAACGAGUCUAAUAAACUCACCUUAUAUACGAUG